AUGCCUCCUCAACAACCACAACUAGGCAGCCUUGCCAUUCAAGCACCCUCUCUCGCGCCCAAGACAGUUCAUGUCUCGGCGUCGACAUGUCACGACUUAUCACUAUUCAAAGACCUGCUGAAGGAAUAUCGGAGGCUUGAUGACAGCAUUACGAUGCGUCUGAACCGAACGACUGCUCAAUUCCGUGACCGGGAUAGGCUAGGUCUAGGUAAGGGCUCAGUGGAGGAUGAGGCGUGCACCCAGAUUUGGAGGGAACUAGUUGCAAACUGGAAGCGAAGGACGGAGAUAGUGGACUACUGCGUCGGCGUAGUCGACCAGUCAAUGGAGGGCAAGCGUAUGGCGCUGGACGCAGAGACAGAGGAUCCCGCCGCCCAGCGUCGAAUCCAAGGUGCGCUCUACGCAGACGAGGUCAAGCGAAACCAAGUGCACAACGAGUUGGUCGUUGAGCAGAUCGUACGGAAACGGUCGUUGGACGCAUUCCGCUCUCGAUGUAAAUACUUCGAGCCUCCGCUGACUGAUGCCGACGCGAGGAAGUGGUGGGACGCGGCUCGCGCAGGGCGAUGA